AAGACCCCCGCGGCAUGAGGGGGGAGGAGGCGGUGACCGCGGUGGCGAUGCCCGAGGCGGGCCGCGACGGCGAGCAGCCUCUGCCGCCCGCAGGCCUGGGAUGCGGGGUGCGCGGGGAGACCGGAGGCCGCGGCCCCCAGGAGUCCCGGAAGCAGUGUGAGUUCUCUUUCAGCCUCGGACCCCGCGGGAGAGCACCGUGGCUCCCUCUGUGCCAGGACAACAGAGGAGCGAGGGUUGUUCUGAAGCCGCUCAGCUUCCGCUCCUCGAGCGACCACGCACCCUCCUCCUGGGACACGGAGACCCCUCGAGGAGCCACAGAACUGUUGCCACCUGUGGCCCUGGAAGGGAUUUGGAGCAUUGAAAGGAAUCUCCCUGUGGGAGGCUUGAAGCCAGGACUGCCGAGCAGAAACAGUUUACUGCCACAAGCCAAGUACUAUUCGAGGCACGGCGGGCUACGAAGCAAAGCGAAUGUUCUCCUGACAGUAGGGUUUCCUUGA